UCCAAUCGGCCCAAAGAAAAUUUUCUGCGCUCCUAAACCUCAAACACCUCCUUAAACCCUAACGGGGGAGAGAGAGCGAGAGAGCUGCGUGUUCUCGUUCUUCCUUUCACCUGCGAGCAGCCAUGGCCUUCUCCAUAGUCCUCCGGCGUGCCACCACCGCCGCAGCGCGAUCUGCGCAGACAUUCUGCUUCCAGAAUCGCCGGAUCUACCACUUGGUUUCUAUCCGUCCAUUUCUCAUGAAAGGAAUCCUUUCGCGAGUGGAAUCAAGACAGCUUCCCUCAUCUUUUGCUUUCUCUCGCUUUUCUUCGUCUAUUCAGAAGAAGCCAGAAGCUGAUGUUGAGCUUAUCCGGAUCGUGGAGUCGGAGAUUGGCUGCGCUAAGGAGGAGUGUGGACAGUUGGAAGAAGUUCCAGAAGAGUUUCCUUUUGAAAUUCAAGAUGAGGAGGGCACCAAUGUAAUUACUCUCAGGAGAGAAUUCCUGGGAGAAAACAUUGAAAUCGUCGUUUCUAUGCCGACUGUCGAAGAUACUGACGACAAUGACGAUGAAGGUGAAGAUGAAAAGCGCGGCGAAGACGAGAAGAUUGACCAACCAACCAUUCCUCUCACAGUAAAUAUCAGCAAAGGUGAAGACUCAAAUUUGGAAUUCUGCUGCACUGCUUAUGCAGAUCAACUCGUCAUCGACAGUUUGUGUAUUCGCCGAAAUAAAGAUGAAUCCGAUGAUUUACUCGCGUACGAAGGCCCUGAUUUCGAUGAUCUUGAUGAAAACCUCCAGAAAGCAUUCCACAAGUACCUUGAAACAAGAGGCGUUUCUACUGACACUACCAAUUUCUUAUACAAAUACUUGAUAAGUAAAGAUGACAGAGAGUACUUAAUGUGGCUGCAAAAUUUGAAGUCUUUUCUUCAGAAACAGUGAGGGUUUAGAAGCAAUUUUUUUGUCCUAUUUAUGAAAUUAAACAAUAUUAGCAAUUGCAAUUUUUAGACAUAUAUCUGAUUAUUUUAAAAAUUUUUGUAUUUUCUGAAUUGUAUUGUAGCAUAUAUUUAUGUAUCUGCUACAUGAGUGUUUUAUGCUUAAUGACAUGCUGAACAUUAUUGAUUUCA